AGCAAGCACCAGAACUCUUUUUUCCCCAAACUCGCAAGUCGCAACGGCCAUGUCUCCGCUGCCCCGCCGCCUCGUGGUCCUCGUCCUCCUCGCCGCCGCCGUCGCGGCCACGGCGUCCGCCGCGUCCCUCAGCGGCGCGGCGAACGACCUGCUGCCCAAGUACGGCCUCCCGAAGGGGCUCAUCCCGGACUCCGUCACCUCCUACAGCUUCGACGAGGCCACGGGCGCCUUCGAGAUCCACCUCGCCAGCACCUGCUACGUCCACUUCGGCUCCCACCUCGUCUACUACGAGAGGACCAUAACCGGCAAGCUCUCCAGGGGCGCCAUCUCGGACCUCUCCGGCGUCCAGGCCAAGAAGCUCUUCCUCUGGGUCUACGUCACGGGGAUGGUCGCGCACCCCGACCAGGGCACCAUCGAGUUCCAGGCCGGCUUCGUCUCGGAGUCGCUAUCAGCCUCCAUGUUUGACGAGGUGCGCACCUGCGGUUCCAGCGCUGGCGCGCAGCUGCGCGGCGCGGCUGGGGUCAUCGGAGAGCUUGGGCUGCUCCCCGUUGCGCAGGCAUGAACCUCGAGUUUGAGAAUCCACGCUACCAGAGAACCGCAAGAGCUUCCAGUCUGCUGUCGUUCUAGAGUGCAGGACGUUCAGCUGUGGGGUGUGUUCGAGUAUCUGGUUGUUGCUUCCCGGUCUCAAUGGACAUGGAUGCUCUGUAGAAAUGUAUAUCCCAUACGCUGUUGCUGAACCUGCGUAGGAUGUAGGCAGGCUGGCUCUCUUCUCUCUUGUUUUCCUGGAUCAUCGUAUAUUCAUGUCAUCAUCAUGUGUGCAACCAUGAACUGCCCCCAGAGGCGUAGCAGCACGAAUUCGACUAGCAUGCGUUUUGUUU